GUUCUGUAGACAUUUUGAUGUUCUCUGAUCAACUGUUGCAAACCGUGUGUUCCGUAGAAGAAGGGAAAAAAUGACACCGCGAGUAAGUAAUAAGUGUCGCGCGACUCCACACACGAGGAUCUCUCCUCUUUCUCUUCGGUUCGUGUUCUAUACGCACGGUCACCGGUUCGACAGCGCUGUUCUGCUAUACCAAGUGUCGCGUGUCACGUGCGAUCACGUGUGCAUGCGAAACCGAAGUCGAAGGAGAACCGCGCCAGUUAGACGGUCGAUCUGGCUAGUAGUCUGUCUCUCCUCGUCGUCGAGCGCCGCGCGAGAUGACACUUUUCACUGUUCCUCGUGUCGUUCCCUUUACAGCUGCGCUUUAAAAGCGACUGGAUGGCGCGUGCCCGCGUGCAGAACCGUGUCUUUCGGUUUCGUUUGAUAUCUCGCUUGCUCUUUGCCCUGUUUGUCUUCUCCUUUGUUUCUUUUUCGCUCUGCGUUUAAGUAGUGGUGAGCGAGCGUUUCUUUUUGGUUCUAUCGUGAACUCUGAUUAUCCGUGAGAUACGUGAUUAACUCACAGUGACUGAUUCUCUUUAUCUUGUCCUUAAGGGCGGUUCGGAUGCACAGCGACAACAAAGAAUAAUACAAGACAGAAAUAAUACAGAGGGCGAGUAAGAAGGGGGAGACUAUAAUGGAGGGAGUAACGCAAAUCGAUUUACACCGGGUAAAGCUGUACACGUUGUACCGGCAUCCAGUUGUCAACAUGUACAUACGUGACAAAUAACCGUUGAAAUACUGUCUUGACGUUUCUCGAAGGAGCAAGGGAUAAAAAAGACGUUAUCAUCACGUUAUCGUCACGUGCUGGUGUUAGCUAAUAAGAAGCUAGAGUUAGAGGAUAAUGAAGAAAAUUGGCACGCGUCGCGCACGCGGUCCAAGUUUUACUCCAUUCUAAAAAAAUCGUUCCGUUGGAAUUUAACUAGUUGAGAGACAAGUGUCGCGUUGCGAACAAUACACAACUGAUCGUAUUGUAUACCCGGCUCGACCAUGAGGAACUGGUAAAAAUCAAUGACGCAUGGUUGGAAAUUAGACGCUGCAUCAUCGUCUAAACUUACUCUAUUUAAAGUAUUUCUAUGAUCAUUGUUUAUGAAAUUUUGAUGUAAAAUGAAUAUCAUUUGCUCUAUAUGUAGCGAUCAAUUAAUACAGUCUGAUAAUAUUUUCUAUACGAGAUGUGGACACGUAUUUCAUCUGCAUUGUUUAACGUCAUGGCUUGAAAGAUCAAAAAGCUGUCCACAAUGUAGGGAGAAAGUUACACAGAGUAAAAUUCAUAGGCUUUAUUUUACAUUUUCAAGCAAUGACCUGACAGUUGAGACUCAAGGCUCGACAUUGCAAGAAAAAGUAGACAGAUUGAAAUUUCAAAUUUUGUUAAAGGAAAAGGACAUCCAAUAUUAUUCCUCAAAAAAUGUCACUUUAGAAAAACAAAACGCUGGCUUAAAGCAAGAAGUUCGAAAAGUAGAGAGUGAGAUUAACAAAAAAAAUGCAGCCAUACAUGCUUUGAAGGAGCAAAUAAAUUAUUUCAAAGAACAGAGUUCUCACUGUGAUAAUCUAAAGAGAGAAAUUAGUCGGUUAAAAAAUAAGAUUGAAGACCUUAGGCCAAUACAAGUAUUAUUACAUGCUCCUAUCAGUGAUGUUAGUAAAAUGGUUGGAAAAACUAAAGAUCCUCAAACACUUACUAUGUAUAUUUCUAUCAUGAAAAAAGAAUUAAUUGGAAGAUUUAAUAAAUGUAAAAAAUUACGCAUGAGUGUCAAAAAGCUGCAAAAAGAACUUUCUAAAGUUAAUACAAAAUCUGAUACCUCAUUAGAACAGUUAAAACGAAUGGACUUAGAAGAAAAGCUAGCAUUUUCAGAGAACAAAAAUAUAGCAUUACAAAAACGAGUUAAUGAAUUAGAAGAGAUACUUGACAUCAAUGAGCAGAGUAAUAGUAAAUUAGAAAUCCAAAUAGCAGAAAAUGUAAACAAUAUUUCUAUAAAAAAUCCAAUUGAAACAACAUCAAAAAAACACAGUCAAGACAUCUCAAAUAAAAAUUCUAUAUCAAAUUGCACUACUAAACAAAAAACUGAAAAGAUAUGCAAUGCUAAAACCAUACAACAAAAAAUACAGGAUUGUCAAACAGAUAAUGAUACAAGUGAUUUAGAACUAGAUUUAAUGGAUUGGAACUCCUCCAAGAAUUCUUCGGUAGAGUCUAAGAGAUUUAAAUUGUCAGUAGAUGAUAUAAACGUUUCACAUACAAGUCAUAACAAUAAAUCCUCAAAUAGUUCUAUAUCAAAGAAAAGAAAAAGAAAUAAUACCAAAAAAAAGAUAUCUGACUUUGAAGACAAACACAAUAGUAGUGUGAUUGAUCUUACCUAAGGAGUUCCUAUAACUACUGCAUAUUUUUUUAUAUAAAUCAUUAUUUAUAUUUUAAAAGUAUAUAUAGUAUUUUAUCAUUAUAAUUAAUGGAUCUUUUCUGAGUUUUAGAAAAAUAAAAUAUUCUACUUUUA